AUGCAAUAUACGACGUUUGUCAAAUUAGAUUCAGUUGAAUCGCUUUUGGACGAGCACCCCUAUAUGUUUUAUCUGGGCCUAUUCUUUGUGAACGUCCUCAUCCUCUACUAUGCCUUUCUGAUGGAGUAUAUAGUCUUGAAUGUGGGGAUAGUAUUCUUGCCUGACGAUAUGGACCGGGCUCUAGUUGAUCUCGGGGUGCUGUCUGACCCAGUGUCCAUCACCUACGACUCCGACACAGACACGGAUGUGUUAGAAGGCUAUCUGGAGUGA